AUGGCCGACGAAAAUGGUAGGGAAAACUCAAUAUUACUUUUAAAUGUUUCAAUUUUUCUACUUUAAAUACUUCUUUACGUCUAAGUAACAAUAAAAACUUUCUUAUGUUAUCUGAAGUUUGUAUAUAUUCAUUUAGGUAUUCUUUGAGUGUAAUUUUCAAUGUUUUUCGGCAUAUUUUUUGUAGAUGAGAAAAAAUCACGUGCCGUAGUUUCGUUCAUAUCGGUUGGUGUAGUGUUGGUUAUUGGCCUUCCUGUUUGGUGGAAUACAACUAAAGUGUACAGAGCAACACUCCCGCAAGCUGAUAUACAAGAGUUACCAAAUGUAAAGGUAUAAGAGAAUUAAAAGUCACUCAUUUUAACACUUUGAAAUGGCUGGGCACUGACCAGACUGCAGAGUACGGCAAGUGCACACCCGAGAUUUUUUUUGGCCAAUGGUAUUGCACACUUAAACAUAUUUCAAAUAUUUUCCAGUUUUGUCAGGCAUUAAAAUAAGGACUUCUAAGACAAGUGUAAUAUAACAACCAUGCACCUGAAAAUCGGGAACGCUGAUUCAUGGGCACAAAUGAAAAAUGUCCAUUAAAGUUUUGAAUUUCUACAGCAGAGUUUUGCGAUCAUCAGGUUGUUAUGAUUAAACAAAACCGUAUAGCAUGUAAGCAUGGGCACAAGAGAACUUUUAAUUGGUCCGAUUUCCUCGAGGCGCCACCAUGGUUGGCGCCGAGCGGAAAAUUUUUGAAAUUUGGAGUCCCUACAUUGUCGGAAAUGGUAUUUUCGAGUGCACACUUUUCCAUUUACAACUCAAUUACAAGGACAUGCACAUUUUCCUUUUACAGGACACAAAGUGUGUCAAAAACACGUUAUUUUGUACGUGUUCAUAAUGACUUUUAACUCCGAUCGAAAUAUAUAUUCUUGUUUGUUCGUCAGAAUUUGGACCACGUUUUGUUUUCCUGAGAGGCAGAAAUUUUAGUUAUUUGUACAAAUAAACAAUCAUUGUUUAAUAUCAUUAAAACAUGUAGCUAUUUACAAGUGCACACUUGACUACGUCAACUGAGGAUUGCACACUUGCACACCUGAAUUUUUGUCUUGCACACCCGAGAUCUCGUCGAAAACUGCCAUACUCUGCAGUCUGGGGCACUGACUGUUUUUGUUUAAUGUAUAUUUAAUAAUUAUAGGUGAAGAUUAAGGUUGCUUUGACAGUAAUUUUUGAGCGAGAUGAACAAAGACAGGAGGAUUUCUUGGACAUCUUGUCUGAUAAAUUAAACAUCAAUGACACAGGUCUGUAAACAGAAUUUAAGCCUUCCAAAUCUAUUCUAGAAUCGGCUAUUACAUUUAAAAACCAACCCCCCUGUCGAGAACCUCUGCUUUUGGGGAUUUUUACCCCUCUGGAAUGCAAAAAAAUCUGUGUAAUUGACCCCUCUGGAAGAGAUUUGAACCCCCUCUGGAAGUGCAUUUUUGCUUUUUAACCCCUCUGGAAAGAGCAUUUUUCUUCCAUUUUUCCCAAUUACGCCUCUGGAAAAAAUGACUAAUUUCCCCCUUGGAAAAUGAAGUCCUCGAUGAAAGUGCGAAUUGAUAGAAAUGUAAUAGCCCAAUUAAGAAUGUUUGAACGAUGUUUAAUAGAUUACUCUUAAAUUUAUCCUCAGUUUGACUGACAACAUCUGAAAUAUUUUAGAUGAUGAAAAUAAUCCUGUACACAUCACUUUCAAAGUGAAUACCAGAGAAUCAAAUGCAGAAGAAAAACAACUGUUUACAUCAGUUAAUAAUUUAGAAAGUAAGAAAUAAAUAUUUUAUGACAAUCAAAUGUUGUUUUACAUAGCACAAGCCAUUCUCUUAUCAUAAUCAUAUUAUCGAUAUCUAUGUGUGAAUGAUCAUUACAAAAUAAUUUCUAAAUGUAUAACCCAUUGAGUGGCAGCACUCUUCCCUUGACAAUUAGUAAAAUCAUCUGGCAUUAGACAGAGUAAAAUUAUAGUAAAGUAGGGUGUCUCUGGGUGCAAUGCAAUUUCAUGGGUUAAACCGAUACAUUUAUCAGCAAUGUUACAGUGAAAAUACAAAAAGUGUCCCACUUCCGCUUCUGUAGUUUGUUGUGAUUUACUGUAAUUUGUUCUGUUUUUCUGUAGCGAUUACCGAUUUAUCGGCAAAUACUGCAAUAAAAUUUAAAUUUCGUUCCUUUUAUGCAAUGAAACUAACGAAAAAUGUAUUAUUUCCCUUUGCUACAAAUUCUCAUAUUUAAAAAUAGAAAAAACUAAGUUUUAUCGCGGUAUUUGCCGAUAAAUCGGUAAUCGCUACAGAAAAACAGAACAAAUUACAGUAAAUCACAACAAACUGCGGAAGUGGGACACUUUUUGUAUUUUCACUGCAAUAAUUACAGUAGUUUAUGACUGUUGAUUUGUAUUAUUUUAGAUUUGGAUGAUAGCUUACAAGAGUUGUGGAAACCAGAUAUUGGAACAGUGGAGUAUAGAUUGAUUGUUUUAUCACAGCAAGGAGAGUUGUCAAAGUUGGCACAAUGCUUUGUUGGAAAAUAUCGACAUGCUAUAGUUCUGUAUGAUGAAAGUAAGUCCAAUAACAUGCUGUGUAGAAAAAUUAAUGGUAACUGAUUUCACCAUCACCACCAUCAUUACUGUUAUUACCACCAUAUCUACAAUCACCAUUGUUACCAUCAUUACCAUCAUCACCACCAUCAUUAUCACCAUGGCACCAUCCUCACUGCCACCAUUAUCACCAUUAUCAUCGUUACCAUCACCAUUGUUACCAUCACCAUCAACAUGGCACCACCAGUCCUCACUGUCACCAUCAAUCCUCACUGUCACCAUCAAUCCUCACUGUCACCAUCAAUCAACAUUAUCAUCAUUGAAACCAUCGUUACCAUCACCAUUGUUACCAUCACCAUCAACAUGGUACCACCAUCCUCACUGUCACCAUCAUCAUCAUUACCACCAUUGUUACCAUCACCAUCGUUACCAUCACCAUUGUUACCAUCAACAUGGUACCACCAUCCUCACUGUCACCACCAUCAUCACCACCAUCAUUACCACCAUUGUUACCAUCACCAUUGUUACCAUCAACAUGGUACCACCAUCCUCACUGUCACCACCAUCAUCACCAUCAUCAUUACCACCAUUGUUACCAUCACCAUUGUUACCAUCAACAUGGUACCACCAUCCUCACUGUCACCAUCAUCAUCACCAUCAUCAUUACCACCAUUGUUACCAUCACCAUUGUUACCAUCAACAUGGUACCACCAUCCUCACUGUCACCAUCAUCAUCACCAUCAUCAUUACCACCAUUGUUACCAUCACCAUUGUUACCAUCAACAUGGUACCACCAUCCUCACUGUCACCAUCAUCAUCACCAUCAUCAUUACCACCAUUGUUACCAUCACCAUUGUUACCAUCAACAUGGUACCACCAUCCUCACUGUCACCAUCAUCAUCACCAUCAUCAUUACCACCAUUGUUACCAUCACCAUUGUUACCAUCAACAUGGUACCACCAUCCUCACUGUCACCAUCAUCAUCACCAUCAUCAUUACCACCAUUGUUACCAUCACCAUUGUUACCAUCAACAUGGUACCACCAUCCUCACUGUCACCAUCAUCAUCAUCAUCAUUACCACCAUUGUUACCAUCACCAUUGUUACCAUCAACAUGGUACCACCAUCCUCACUGUCACCAUCAUCAUCAUCAUUACUCAUUACCACCAUUGUUACCAUCACCAUUGUUACCAUCAACAUGGUACCACCAUCCUCACUGUCACCAUCAUCAUCAUCAUCAAUAAAUCAGUUCAUCAAUACAAUCAGUGUCAUCAAUACAAUCAGUUCAUCAAUACAAUCAUGA